AUGCUUGUUGCUUCACAUAUUCAAAACACUUCACUCAAACAAUACAUAGCUCAAAAUGUGCCGAUCCCACAACUAAAACAUCUACUAUUGGCGAGUGAGCAAGACCGAGAAGAGAAUGACUUUGAUACGAUGGUGGUUGACUACAUGCACAAGCAGCAACUACAGCAGGAGCAGCAAUCACUGGGCACAGGUGUAGAGCCUGUCGAUGAAAAAGCUAAAGAAAGACUAAAAGUCACGAGACAAGUCUUGCAAGGAACCACUUACACUCAAGAUGAACUGUUUUACACGAUAAGUAUCCCUCCAAGGGAACAAAUACCGCCACUACAGCCCUAUGAUCCUCGCUACACCCUUGGAUUGUUAUUGAAGUACAUGAAUGGGAAAUUAAGCUCACAGGAUCCCCAACAACAGCAACCGCAACAGUUGACCAUACCCGUCUUCCACUGGAGUGACUUUGUCGAUAUGUCAGCAAUGGAAAAUUACCUCUUCUCUCACGAAAAGAAACCAUGUUCAUAUUUUGACACCUCUUCCAAGAAUCCGAAAAAGAAUGACCGGGAAGGAUUGUUGAAAUGGGAGCAAUACUGUGUCAGUGAUGACGAUAUAGAUCGUAUUUUAAAAGACCCUGAAGCACAAGCUAAAUAUACCCAGGACACUAUUGACGCAUUCAAAAGGAUACAGCAUGAACGGAAAACAGCAUCGCCUGUUGAAUAUACAACCGGAUUCCAUAUCUUUGCUCCAGCUGGAAGAAAUAAGAAAUCAUUGCGUCCAAUUAUUUCGCGGUCUUACCUACACGAUUUUAUGCAACUACCUUUGAGCAUGACAUUGUUGUUACCUGGCGAUAAAUCUAUACAAAUUAAUGUCAAUCAAGAGCAACAACAACAACAGCGUAUCAAAUUAAAGGACUCGGAUUUGUUCCACGAGGGAAAUAUCAAUAUAAAUGAGGAAAUUGGCCUAUUGGCUAGUAAAUUGCCCGCUCGAAGCGCACAACUUGAAUUGGAAAAACAUCUCCAGCAUGAGCAGUUUAUUGACAACAGUGCUCAAAUUGUCACAACCUUGGAAUCACAAGCUACGUCUUCUUCACUCAAUCAAACCGACAAAAAUUAUCUCCAUGCCCUCAAGACAUCGUUACAGGAGCACGACCCACUGAAGUAUUUCCACGAGGCAUACAUUGUGAGAAGAGAAGUAAAUUACGCAUUGGGAGGUCAUUACGAUUGGAGAUUUUUCAAUGGAAUAGUAAAUCGCACCCCCAUACAAAGCAUCUCCAUAAAUGCACUUCUUCAAGCUUUUCUCAAACUCACCAAUCAAUAUAAUUUAACCGCUUGGGUUGCUCAUGGAUCGUUACUUUCUUGGUUUUGGAAUGGAUUGCAAUUCCCAUGGGAUUCUGACGUUGAUGUUCAAAUGCCCAUUACUGACUUGCACCGUCUUUCGCAAUUGUUUAACCAAACAAUCGUUGUUGAUUUGGGGAAUGACUUGAAUAAGGAGCUGAAGUAUAGUCGGUUUUUCUUGGACUCCUCGACAUUCAUCUCACAUAGAGCCAGAGGAAAUGGCAGAAACAAUAUCGAUGCAAGGUUUAUUGACUUGGAUACUGGUUUGUAUAUCGAUAUCACCGGGUUGGCCGUUUCUGAUAUGCCUAAUGCAGCAAGAUACAAUAUGCUCUUGCCUAAACAUGACGCGAAUGGAGUUGACUGGAACAGCAUUAGUCCCGUGGAAAAGAAUAGCUUUUUGCAAGUUUACAAUUGUCGUAAUGCCCAUUUCGCCAAAUUACAGGAAAUCAGUCCCUUGCGUCUCAAUUCAGUCCAAGGUGAAUUGGGUUACAUUCCGGAGGAUUUCGAAACUAUGUUGCAUGUCGAAUACAAAUCAAAGGGGACUUCAAGUACAUUGUUUGCUGGUUAUGUGUUUUUACCCAAAUUGCGGAUUUGGGUUCUGAAAGACACCGUAUUGAAAUUUGUCACUAAUGGUGGGCAAAGUGAUGGCCAAGGUCGAUUGCGCAAAGUGAGUGAAGGAGAUACUAAUAUCAUCACUAUCAAUUUAUCUGAUGAUGAGUAUAUUGAGUUCUUGUAUGAAAAUGAGCCGGUGUUGCGCGAGUUUAUUGCUACGCAUAAAGUGACCAUGCUCCACAAUGAGCAAUUACGCAAGCUUGUAAAGAACAGGUCGUCAAUCAAGAAAUUUUUGAAGGAGAAUGCUGAUAUAUAUGGGUUUGGCAACGGCAAUACUGGUGGUGAUAGUCUCGAUAAUGAUGGAUGGGGGGAAUCUCUAUUGAAGACACGUGCUAGUUUGCAAUUGGAUUACUUUGUCAAUCAAGUUAGAGAUGCUCAUGGUGGUAAGGGGUACAAUUACAACGACGAGUUGAAGACAUUGAAUGAUAAGGUUGUGGAGUAUGCUGCAAGCAUUAAGAAUAGUAGACGAGAAGAUAUUCCUGGUUAUUUCAAUGUGUUGAAAAAUGCAGUAUUGGGAAAGGAGAAGAAACAGGACAAGAUAGUGGAAGACAAGCAGAAGAAUAAGGCAAAGAAAGAGCGAAAAGGGGAGAAGAGGAAGAGAUUAAAGCAGGAAUCUAAGUAA